AUGACGACGAACCCCGACGGUUCUGAGGAUGUCAAUGACUUCCUCUCGCGCAUCCGCGAACUCGGUGAAAAGCGCGACACCGAAGACGAAGAGCGGACUAAGAAGCUCGAGGAGGAGAUCCUCCAGGGGCGCAAGGAACGACAAGCCCGUCGUGCUGGUACGAUCUUCCCCGACUUCUUGCAGUUUUCACUUGCAGAUGCAGACCUUGUCGACAUCGACGGCGCGCUCGCUCAGCGAGCACGAUCCAUCGCCGGGUCUCCUACUUUGAAUCCCUCGAGACUGAGCGCCUCUUCCCUUGGUCAACCCUCGAUCGAGCCCCCCGAGCACCUGGAGCCGACGGUGCAGACCCAGGACCCCGACACCGCCACAGCGGACACGGCUAGAGUGGGCCACGAGCGAAAUGCCUCCGAGUCCAGCUCGCGACGCGGGUCAGUUCAGGAGGUAGGACUUGAGUCUCCGACCCGAACCAUGCCCACCCUGUCGCGCAGCCGAACGGGGACCUUGUCAUGGCAACAACGCCCAUCGUCGCGAGACCUUGGGAACAGAUCCCCCGGCUCGACUUCUCCGACACGAUCCAGUCAUUUGAGAAACACCUCUACAGCAUCCGAUCAAGACCGGCUGUCUCGUGCCCAGUUUCCCCAAUCACUGUCCUCGAAGGAUCCCUCAUGGUUUCGACAGAGCCCAGAUCGAGGUGCAGACUCACCGGCCCUCCGAAAAACCGAACAUGAUUCAGAAGGCGUCGCUGACCCAGCCGAAAGUCGUCAACUGCCAGGUCUGAGUCGGGAUUCCACAGUUGAACCAGACCGAGCUGAGGACGCAACUCCCUCUCCCCCAAGAACCGCUUCCACAAUUGGCGAGAGCAGCUUUCAUAACCGAUUUUCGAGUGUCUCUUCAGUAUCACCAGCGACUGGAUUGGGUUCUCCGGUUACACUACCAGAGGCACCAAAACUUGACCCCACCCAAACCGAGGCAUCAACCGACGAGCCAGUACCUGCAUCCCCCACCCAGCGGCGAAUGUCACCAGAGCGAUCUCGAUCAUCCUCGCCAACAAAGGGACUUGGCGGUUUCGUUCAGAGUGCAAUGAUGAGGAGAUCGGACAGUGUAUCGAAGCGAUGGAGUACACAACUUCCACAGGGGCUGAGCCGAAGUAAUUCUAUUGUCUCAAAUCGCAAUAGUGUUGCGGCUCCAAGUUUGACUGCUAGUAUCAGUGAUAUGACCCCAACAACCAACUCACGAGUGAGUCGUGAAUCAUCGCCCGUGCUGAACCAACGUCCUGGCUCGAGUCACAGCGAGGUGACAGUGGUGCACCCAAAGGAGUCUACCGAGAGGCCUACAACCCCUUCAAAUCCGGGGCCUAACGACAGUGGCCGCCUAGAUGCUAGCCCGAGUCGACCAGCUCUCUACGGCCAUGCCCGGUCUACAAGUUCUAUGACCAUCGAUAGCCAGAAUACCGAGGGUCCCUCAAGCCCUUUCACCUCGAGGACAAUGGAUCCCAAACGAUGGAGUCCCCAGAAGGCCUCAUGGUUGGAAAGUGCCUUGAACCGACCCCCCGAAUCCCCCAAGCACCAGCGACAGCCAUCGCAGCCGGCCUGGCAGAGAGAAAGACAAUCAAGGGGCAGUGUCGAUCUGAGUCGUUUCAAGGAAGUGACCCCUAUUGGCUUGAUGCGGACGCCUCUCCCCGGAGGUCAUUUCAAAAAGCCCAGCCUUUCAGGAGCCCCGUCAGCUCUUGGUAGUCCCACUGCACCCAGGUCGAAGGAGGCAAUUCCCACAUCACCCACUGUUGACGCAGACGAAAAACUGUCACCAACCAAACCAGAGCCAGUGGCCGAGGAGAGAAUGGCAUCUUCUGAGCUCACGCCUGAGCCCGAGAAGGAAGAACCAGUGAUCGGGCCCACAGCUGUACUUGAGCCUCAAAGUCAGCCUGAGCCUGAGCCUGAGCCCGAAUCGCAACCUGAAACUGAACCCAGCUUUGUACCUGAGCCUGCUCUUGAACCUGCUCCCGAAGCUGUACCUGAAGUAGCGCCCGAAUCAGCAGCUGAAUCUGCCCCGGCCCCAGAACAUACACUUGAGCCCCAGCCAACUCGCAAGGCAGCACCCCUCACUUUGAAUCCCAAGCCAAACUUUUCGCUCCCUUCGCGAGAUCCAAUGUCACCUCGAAUUGCCAAGCCGCCGCAAUCACCAGUUGUUGAUUUCCGAGCAAACUUACGAAAACGAGAAGUUGCCAAAGACACUGGGCCACAGAAGGAGCCAGAGUUCAAGAACGUAUUUGGCAAGCUUAAGAAGACCGAAACUCGCAACUAUGUUGCUCCAGAUGAGCUCAAGGGCAACAUUAUGCGGGGCAAGGCUGCUCUCAACGUGACCGGUGGACCCAAGAGAACCGAACGGGUUGAUGAGUUCAAAGACAGUCUUGUGAAGCAAAAGGAAGCGAUGAAGGCUGGAGGGGGAUCGAUCAGACGGAAUACCGUGGGAAAAGAUGAUGAGCCUGAGAAACCUGCUACCGAUGUGCCAGAGGCCAUUGCAAAGCGCCAUCUGAUGAACAGAACCAAUAGCAUCAGGCCAACCAGUCCUGAAAAGAGCUUCGCCGCGCCUCGUGGGCCGCCGCCUGUAUCCCCAUCUUCCACUGCAGGAGAGGUCGACGCGGUCCAAAUCCCUUCGCCAAUAAAACGCGAACCCAUGACAAUUGAUAGGGAGCCGCAUGCUAUUUCAACACCAGUAGCCCAAGAUUCUACGACGGAAGAGUCGAGUUCUGCUGUGGAGGUGGAUGAUGUGCCCUCUGCAGAUGCAACUAGCCCGGCUCGUGGCCUGCCACCACUGAAAAACACAGAGACUGCACCGGCAGUCAGUUUGUCUCCCAGUUCAGCCCCUAGAGGGAAACUUGCAGGCCGUAUCAAUCCUGCACUAGCUGCUCUCCUAUCCCGGGGUCCUCCAGUCGUGACUGAGGAGCCGAGGAAGGGGUCAGUAUCUGUCUCAAAUUCAAGUGAAACUUCAACCCCACCGUUCACGCCUCUCGCCCAUAUGACAAAGAGUCGCGCUAAAGGUCCUAAAAGACGGCUUCCCAAGGGGACCGCUGCUUUACCUGAAUCAUCCGCUCAGGACACUAAGGAGGUUGGUGCAAUUUCAUCUCCCGAAGUCACAAGCCCAGAGACCGCUCCUGAGCCUAGAGCCCCCCUCGACAAGCCCCUACCAGCCGUAGCUUCCAGCUUCCAGAAUGCUCUCAACAGCGGACUGCAACAGAGGCUAAAGAACACUCCCCCGUCUCCCGUUUCCACGGGAGGGCCCGACAUCUUUGCACCUAGUGAAAAAGAGAAUGCAACCCUCACUCGAGAUAUGGAAUCGCCUGGAGCUGUUAGCCCGCUCAGUCGGCCCCCCGUCCCGCCAAAGCAUAUCACAUCACCCUCACCUUCCCCAUCGCCAUCAACACCUGCACCAAGGCCACAGUGGGCGCAACAAGCGCGCUAUGCUUCGACCUCCCCAUCACCACUUAGGACGAGCUAUGGUGAGAACCGAAUGGAAAAGCCGCAGCCGCCAACACCAACGUACAAGAACAUACCCGGGGUAACGGUUGCAGAUUCUUCGCCCAGAUCUAGUGGGCAAUAUUCUCCUCCAGUCCCUCGCAAGCGGUCCGACAUCUCUCUCGACAAGCCUUCUGAUCCGCAUCGACUAUCACGAAAGAUGUCCGCGCCGUCAUUGGUUGCGCAAGCGGCGGAUGCCCACGAGAUCAUUAAGCAAUUCUUUAAGACGUUCCCUAACCCCCGAGACCGAAUGGAUAUCGAUCCACAGCUUAUGUUGAUGGAAAAAGCCGACUCUUCAGUGGUCAGAACCAUGAAGCGUCAAAUCUGGGAACUCACUGGCGAUGGAAAGCGUCAAGAACUGCCAGUCAACCAGGAGUAUGUGCUGUACGAGGGAAGCAUGUAUUUAUGUGUACAUCUGUUCGAAGCGCAGAACAACAAGAACUCGGAAGUAUAUCUCUGGUGUGGAGACGAUGUUCCCGAAGGUGCACAAGAUGAUGCGCAGCUUUUUGCUCGCAAAAUCGCCCGCGAAAAUGGCUGCAAACUCGAGGUCAUUCGUCAGGGCAGAGAACCCAUGCGAUUCAUACAAGCCCUCGGAGGGAUCAUCAUCACCCGCCGUGGGUCUCAUUCUCGAUCCAACUCGUCAGCUCUGUAUAUGCUCUGUGGCCGGAAGCACCUGGGCCAAAUGGCCUUCGACGAGGUCGAUUAUUCACUGCGCAACCUCUGCUCCGGCUUCCCAUUCGUCAUUUCAGCGCCCUUUGGCAAGUUAUAUUUGUGGAAGGGCAAGGGAAGCAGCCCCGAAGAAACCGGUGCCGCACGUCUGAUCAGCAUGGACCUUGGCCUGACAGGCGAAUUCGAGGAGGUCGAUGAAGGCCAGGAGCCGGAGAGCUUCUUCGAUGAUUUCGCAGGCUCCAACGAGCCGAAUCCGCUCAUGACAUCGGAGUACUGGCAACUUAAGCCUAAAUACGAUCACUUCCGCACUCGUCUUCUCAAGGUGGACCAUGAAAUGGGCCAACCGCCUCGUUUUUGGAUGCGCCGUCCAGGUUCGAGCUCACCUGUUGUUCGGCCAAACGAUACAGUGCGAGAAAUCGAACCUUUCUGCUACAAGGAUAUUAUUGAGCGAGAUGUCUUCGUUCUUGAUACUUUCUUUGAGAUCUAUGUGAUCGUGGGUGACCAUGCGUCUCAGAAGUCGGCCGACUUCGCCUCUGCGGUUGUUUUCGCGCACGAAUACGGCAUCCUAGCCGCAUCCCUUCAGGAUCGACCAUUCAUUCCGAAGAGUUUUAUUUCGCUGGGCGGUGUUCCCGAUCGUUGCCAAAGUGCCUUCCGCAAAUGGAACCAGCAUUCUCUUCAUGCUCCCUGUGUGUUCCCCUUGGACGUGGCGAUCGAGGCUAUCCGAUCUCCGGAUCGAGCGUAG